GUCCCUGCGGGACCACGCAGGUUACAAAAUUCACACCCUGGAGCUGGCAUCUCAUCUGCUGCCCCGAUUAAAAUGCUUUAUCUGAUUGGACUGGGGCUGGGAGACGCUAAGGAUAUUACAGUGAAAGGGCUGGAGGUUAUAAAGCAGUGUCACAAAGUGUAUUUGGAAGCCUACACGUCCAUGCUCACUGUAGGGAAGGAAGUUCUGGAGGAGUUUUAUGGAAGGGAAUUGAUUCUGGCAGACCGAGAAACAGUGGAGCAAGAGGCUGAUAACAUUUUAAAAGAUGCUGAUCUAUUUGAUGUUGCUUUUCUUGUAGUUGGUGAUCCAUUUGGGGCCACAACACACAGCGAUCUAGUUCUACGUGCAGUAAAGCUGGGGAUUCCAUACAGGGUUAUUCAUAAUGCUUCCAUAAUGAAUGCAGUGGGCUGCUGUGGAUUACAGUUGUACAAUUUUGGAGAAACAGUGUCUGUAGUUUUCUGGACAGAUACAUGGAAACCAGAAAGCUUUUUUGACAAAAUCGGAAAGAACAGGCAGAAUGGAAUGCACACACUAUGCUUACUUGACAUUAAAGUAAAGGAGCAAAAUCUGGAGAAUCUGAUGAAGGGAAAAAAGAUUUAUGAACCUCCACGAUACAUGAGUGUGAACCAAGCUGCAGAACAGCUUCUAGCUAUUGUUCAAAACCGGAGGCUCCAAGGAGAAGAACCAGAAAUUACCGAAGAUACCAUCUGUGUUGGCCUAGCAAGAGUGGGUGCCACAGAUCAGAAAAUUGCUUCGGGCACAUUACAAGAGCUGUCCACAGUGGAACUAGGCGGCCCACUACAUUCCAUGAUCAUAACAGGAGCUAUGCAUCCAUUGGAGAUAGAAAUGCUUAAACUUUUUGCUGUGGAUAAAUUAAGUUUUGAAAAUAAAAUGUGUCAAAGGAAUACAUGAAUAAAGGUGCCUUUCCUA